CUCGCGUCAAACAACUGUUUAUACCGACAAUGGCGGAUAAGUUUGUAAACUAAACAUAAACAUUGCAGAGUGGAGAAAAAAUAAAACCUCAGGAUGCCGCCCCUUGACUGGGAUAAGUUGAUGGCUGCGAAGCCGACGGAGCUGUCAGAGGAAGAUGUGGAAGAAUUCUACGAAUCCUUGGUCUCGUUCAACCCUGAGGAUGAAUCGGAUGCUGGCAGACUCCAGAAGCUGUUUGAUGUUUCCAGGGUGAUCAUGAAAGCCAAGAAUGAGUCAUGUGAGGAAAUCAUGGAGGAAUACGAAAAGGAGGUCAAGGCUAGCAAGAAAAAAGAGGAAGCCAUGGCGUCUAAAGAGAAAGAGUAUCUGAAGAAAAUCCAAGAGCUAGAGAAAUACGGGGGUGAGGGGACCACCGGCGGGGGCACACAGAGGAUGGUUGUGGACCAGAUGAAGGACCUGGAGAGACAGAACGAGGAACUGACCACGGAACUCCGCGACAUCCAAAGUGAACUCAACAAGGAGAAGAGGGCAGCCGAAAAUUACAGUCAGAAGAUCAGCGAGUUGGAGAAAGACCUGCGAGAGUACAGAGAAGAUAAUGAGCGACUGAAGAGUGAAGUCAGCGACUUUAAGAUGCACAUGGAGGCUCAGCGAGAUAAACUGGUCUCAACCAAGGGUGGGCAGCUAGAUUACCGCGAGAAGCUGGCGCGCAAGAACCGGGAUCUGGCCGAGGCUAUGGAAGAAUUGCAGAAUUUGACAGACGCCAAUGAGGAGUACCAGAAACAGAUUGAGGACAUGAAGGCUCAGAUUGAGGAGGCUGUAGGACAGGUCGAGCGGUACUCGGAUGACUAUGUCAAACUCAAGCAAGUCCUCGCCCAGAGUGAUGCAGUGACGGACAAACUGAGGGAGGAGAACGAGGUCCUCAAAGCUCAGGUGAUAGAUCUGAAUGAACAAGUGCAGUCCAAGACUGAUGCGGAUGAUGCCAUCAUGGUUGCCGUUAACAACAAAGUGGAGGAAUGGAAGGAAAUUUUACAAGAGAAAGAUGAGCAGAUGAUGGAACUCCAAGAGCAAGUGAUACACUUGAGAGACCAGCUGAUCUCUGCCAACAUGGACGCAGAUAAAGCUUCCGUGGCCGCGCUGUCUAAAGUCGUGAAGGACAAGGACAAACAGAUCGAGGACCUGACGGAACAGAUCAGACAGUUCGUGGACGAGAUGGAGAAAAACACAGCCAUUAUCGAGGACUUACAGGCCGAACUCAAGAAAUCUGGUUCAGGAUCUGGAGACAGUCAGCACAAAAAGAUUAAAAACCUCCAGAAAGACUUGGAUUACCAGAGAGAGAAAGUCAUGGAGCUGGAAAAAGAACUCAAAAUGGCUGAUAGAGAUGCCAGGGAGAAAGACAAAGAAUUAACUUAUGCUCUUGAGAAGCAAAGGAAAUAUGAAAAUGGAGAAUAUGGUUUGGCCGAAGCAGUGCAGGAAAUAAAGGAUUGCAAGAAUCAAAUCAAAGUUAGGGACAGACAAAUUGAGGAACUCACAAGCCACAUCAACAAAACAGAGAUGAAAAUUAACGACAUUGAGGAAGAGAACGAGGAGUUGCGCUUCAAGCUCGGAAUGGACCCGCGUGAUCCGUUGGACCUAACGGAGUUCCGUAAAAACAAAGAACUCCGCAAAGAGGAGGAGAAGGCCCUGAACUUCAUCCUACAGAAGGAAGUGGAACGUCUGGAGGACGAGAGAAUAGAACUAAAGAAAAAGAUCAGGAAGCUUGCUCAGCAGACAGGGCAAAGAGCAGUGGCGCUAGGACUGACCGCUGAGGACAUGAUGAGUGUGUACGAGUACCAGGAGAAUCUGAAGGAACAGAAGAAGGUCAAGGAGAUGGAGACGUCCACCGCGGAGGUCAUCAAACGGGAGGUGGUCCACCAACAGAUGGACGCACAGCAUCGUGGUUAUGACGAGGACUUUGUGAAGAAUCUGAGAGAGAUGGAUAAGUUGUACCAGGAGAACUCGCGCCACAAAGCAGAGGCAGAACAACUAAAGGAACAGAACAAACAGCUGGAGCAGGGGCUAAAGGAGGUCAUAGAGAACCUCAAAAAAUACACACCAGAUGAGAAGGAGCCUGAGAAGGGGGCGUUGGAGGAGAUGAGGUUCCCCACCCUGGAGAGGAUGCUGGCGGCCAUAGAAGCCAAGAACCUGAUUGGGAAUUAUGACACGUCCAUGUACCUCAAGGCUCAGGUGGACAACCUUCAGGGUCGGAACGACGAACUCCGGCGGGAACUCCGGGAGUCCAGACAUGAGUGCAACAAGGUCAGACUGGAUCUACAGAGAACCAAAGAAAAAGUGGAGAAGUUGGAGGCUGAUUUGAAGGCCGCCAAUGAGUCAGGGGGAGGGACCGGGGGGUUGUUCCAGUCCAUUCCCCUACCCGACGCCAUGGCGGUGUCCAGUUCUGAUGUCAUCUCUAACCUCAACGAACACCUGAUUACCGUGCUCCAGGAGUUGGGGAUCAAGGAGGACAUGAUGAGGAAGAUGGAGAACUCUCUGGAGAAUUACAAGCGGAAGUUCGCGGUGAUGAGGCACCAACAGGGACUACUGUAUUCUGACUACCUCAAGGACAAAAAAGAAUGGGAGGAAGAAAUGGAUAAAGUCCAAGAGCAGCUGAAGAAAGUGAAUGGAGAGAGGGAAGAGGAUGCUGUACAGAUCCAGGAGUAUAAUAGACUGAUAGAUACACUGUCUAAAGAUGACACAGAAGUCAGAAGGAGGCUGUCUGACAUGACACGGAAAAUCACUGUUCUACGCGUCAAUGAGAAAGCACUGAUACGGCGACAUAACACUAUGGAGGAAACGGAAGGACAACUACGCAAGGAAAUUCACCGCUUCAAAAAUGAAAUGGCUUCCAUGGAAACAGCUGUACAGGAAAGACUGGGUUACUUACAAAGGUUCAAGGAUAUGGCCACAUUUAAGAUUGCCUCCCUACAGAAAGCCCUGGAUGACUCAGUGCCCAGCACUGACCUAGAUCUGAUGAACAAGCGGUACCACGACCUGACAGAGAAAUACAGGGACACGCUGGAGAAGGGAAACACCCUGGUGUCUAAGGCGGAGGCUCUGGUGGGACUAGAGAAUGAGGUGAAGAGGUUGACGGAGGACAAUGAGGUCCUGAAGAAGACCCUAGGUCUGGAGAAAGAAAAACUGCACGCACUGGAGGCAGCAGUGGAGGACCUCCAUAAGAAAGGUGUGACAGAGGGAACCGAAAUCAAGAACCUGACUGACUCAGAUGUGAUCAGUGUGUCCAAGAAAAUCACGACGCUGGAAAUGAAGGAGCUGAACGAGCGGCAGCGUGCGGAGCAUGCCGUCAGGAUGUACGAACAGCAGAAGUCGAUCCUACACGAUCUGGAGACCAGGAACAAAGAUCUGGAGGAAAAGUUUGCUGAGAUAACCUCAUCAAAUCUAGAACUUCAGAAGAUUGAAAGAGAACUCAGAGAUGAACUUGCUAACUCAGUAACCAAAGAAAUCUCGGAGGCGGAUAGGAAGAAGAUAAUGGAGCUGGAGGAGUCGGCCGUCACCCAUAGAAACGAGAUCUCCAAACUGAAGGAGAUCUCGGAGGUCGCGACCUCUCAGGUCAAGACGCUGGAGAUGGUCCAGUUGUCCCGGGAGAAAGAGAACGCCUCGCUUCGACAACAACUGCUGGACUUCCAGAUACAGAGCGACGAGAAAACUAUAAUUGGGAAGUUACACCGCCACAUCGUUCAACUCCAGGUGAGCGAGGGCACCGCCGUGAAGCGUCUGGAGGAGUGUCAGAAGAAGGUCAACAAGCUGGAGGCGCUGGUGCUGAGGCUGGAGCAGAAACUUGAUGACAAGGACCAGACAGUCUUUCACAACAAGUCGGAGGCCCAGGGCAAGAUCAACCAUCUUAAGAGGAACCUACAGGAGCUGAGGGUACAGUUUGCAGGGGCAGUGCCCUUGUCCAGACAGGAGAAGUUCUCCCGACAGAUGAUGCAGCUACAACAGGACAAACAAAAACUAGAGAUAGAGCUCAAACAGGCUCGAGAACAUCGAGAUCAAGAGGAGGAUAAACUCGCUGAGUUGAAUCUGAAGAACAACAGUCUACAGGAGCUGAUCGCCACACUCAAGGAUGGGCGGGGCGCCGCUAAAGUAGUGGAGUGGCAUGGCAAGAUGGACGCUGUGAGACUGGAGGAACUCAAGCAGCGGCGACUCAACACUAAACUACAGGGCCAGAUUAAGUAUUUGGAGGGGGUGAUCAGGACCAGCGAGGCCACCAUUGCUGACCUUGAGGCAGAGAGUGUCAGAGUCACAAAGGAUUGUGAGGAGAAACAGUUGAGGUGGGAGCAUAGAGAAGUAGAACUGGAGCGUACUCUGCAGAGGAUGGAGAACCAAGCGCAGCAGAUAGCUGGCGCAGCAUCAAAGUUUGAGCAGGCUCUUGGCUCUCUACCAGACUCGAGACUUCCUGUCGCCAACCAGUUAGAACAAGCCAUAACCACCAUCAAAAGCAAUGUGAAGGUCAUCUUAGAUAUACAGGGAGAAAACAAAGUCCUCAAAAAGAGAAAUGAACAACUCGAAAAAGAGAUUCAUGAGUCUGAGAAGACUGUCAUAGCUCGAGAUAAACUCAUCUCGGAGCUGAGACUAAGAAUGCCUGCCACUGCCGAUCGAGAUGAGAUCAUUCUGAGAGCGACUUCCAAGGUCAAUGCUGCUAUGAGCCAGAAACCAGAGGAGAGGGAUUACCAAACCGAACACUCCAUAAAGAUCGCUCAGUCAACCAUAUCCAGUUUACAGGCCAGAAUACAGCAGAAGGAGGAGACCAUUGCUAAGUACCAGGAGCUGUUGAAGCAGGCUCGUGACGACAUGCAGGACAUGAACAAGAGGCACGAACAAGACCUGAAGAACAUGCAGCUCAAGAUCCACCAGAACACUGACUCAGCUUUCAACAAGUUCAAGGAGGCGGCCCGAGACCUGAUGGCCAAACAGCAGCUCAGACAGCCCGCCACAGAGAAACAGGCUGCUAGAAUUCAUGAACUGGAGGAAAAUUUAGCAGAGCAGGACAAUGCAAUGGCAGCCAUGAGUGAGAAAAUCCGCCAGAGAGAAGAGGAGAUCAUCAGCUUAAGGGCCAAACUACAGCAAGAGUCUAGACAAUUCUCUGUAGACAAAGACAGACUGGGCACAGAGUUGAAGUCAGAGUCGGAGAAGAAGGAUUCUGAGGUUCAGGAACUGAAGAAAGUGAUUGAACAGCAAAAGCGAGACAUCGAGGUCCUCAACGAGGAGAUUGACGCGGUCAAAGAGCAAAACAGUCGCGCUCCAACGACCACGAUGAAGAACCUGGUGGAGAGGCUAAAGAACCAGCUGGCCUUGAAGGAAAAGCAACAUCAGGCCCUCAGUAAAGCCCUGACAGAAUUGAGAGCAGACAUGGUUCAACAGGCACAGGAGACUGUGAAACACCAAGCCACUGAGGCAGAACAGGAAAUCAACAUCCAGAAGAUAAUAGACACACACACCAGGGAGUUAAAUGAGAAAGUGGAUGACCUGCAGGCGACCUUGGAGAGACAGCGGAAGGAGAACAAGAAGCGGAGGGACACAGAGUCCACACUACAGACAGACAUUGAUGACCUCCGCGAGGAAAUUGCUCGCAAGGACAAGAAUGUAAGGUGCUACAAAGCUGACAAGGAGAGGUUAGAAGUGGAAGUGGAAGAACUAGAGAAGAAAGUGGAAAGAAUGGGCAAAAUGGGCACUCAGAGGAUAGGCGAAGAGACGAAGCAGAGGGAGUAUGAAGAGAUGAGGCGAAGAGUGAGGAUGCUGGAGGAGGAGCUAAAGCGUAAACAGCAACAACCAGAGAAACCCUAUGAGAUCACCAAGGAAACUCCUCCUAUUAGAGAGCUCACCAAAGAAAAGUCAGAGGAGCUGGUCAAAUGGGAAGAGAAGAAAAAAUGGCAGAAGACUGUUGAGAAGAUGAAGACAGCUUUGAGAGAGAAAGAGGCAGAAGUGGAGAGACUGGACAAGUCUAAUAGGAUGCUAAAAGAUCAGCUAGACAGAGCUGUUAGGGAGAAAGAGUUGACAGAGAAGAAGAUGAGUAAUGCUCAGAGGGGACCAGUGCCACCCCCUAGGGGCCCCUCGGACAGACCGGACCACAUCAUGGAGGAACUCAAGUCCAGGAACUACCAGCUCCAAGAGAAGGUGACGAAACUCCAGCGAGAGCUGACCCUUGCUAAAGAUGUCUCAGUGAGGGAAGUGGAGGUACGGAACAAGUACCUAACGGAACAACUCGAGUCCAUGGAACAGAUGGUGGCGCAGAGAGUGUCUGCCACCUCCAGCCAGCCAGGGGCGGAUCCAAAGGGGGCAGGAGGCAGAGAAUACCAGGCUCUGUUUGAGAAGAACCAGUCUCUACAGAGACAGAUGCUGGCAUUGUCUGAGGAGAACAUUGAACUCAAGUUUGAGAAUGAGCAGCACAGAAAGGACGCUCCGAGACUCAAGGAGAGGAUAUCAGACCUACAGAGCUAUGUUGAGGCCCUCAGACAGGAGAAUUCACAGCUUGGGGGGAACACGGCCAGGUCCCUGGAUUCUACUGGGUCCAGCGGAAUAAGACGGAUUGGUGACAGUGGAAAGAGCGUGCGUGAAUUGGAGAAGACGAUCGCCCUCCUGAAGAAAGUGGUUGAGCGGGUACAGAUGGAGAACCAGGAACUGAAGAAAGUCUCUCAUGCCACUGGAAGUGAUGAACUGCAGAAAAUGAGGCUGGAAAAUGCAGGAUUAAAGGAUCAGUUGGAGGAGCUCAGAAUGAAGAUGGGCGCCACUCUGAGUGAGAGGUACACCAGCACACAGAAAGGUACCGCCAAAAUGAUGACCGACUACGAGAAGAUGAGGAAAGACCUCAUGAAGGAGAUAGAGUCCAAUGAGAAGCUGAGGAUGGAGAUCCGGAAUCUGGAGGUCCAGAAGGAACAGCUGAACAGUCAGCUCCAGGAAUCCAAGUCCAUGUCCGGACUGGAGCGGGAGAGACCAGGAAGCUCCACAAACAUGGACUCCAAGGGCUGGAAGUCAGCGGUAGUGACCAGGAUGUACGAGGGAAAACUCAAAGACUUGGAAAAAGAAUUGGAGAAAAAGAACAAGCUUCUUAAUAACACGAAAACUCUCCUGAAGGAGGCUGCAGAGCGUGAACAGAGGUUACUGACCGAGAACCAAGAUCUCAAGCAGAGGAAUGCUAUUCUUGAAAAAUACCCACAUGGUGCUAAAACGUCUGAUUCAGGUUUGACCAAGGAUUUCCAGCAAGCAAGACUGACAAUAGAUAGACUGGAAAAUGAAAAAAAAGAAAUCCAACAUGAGCUCCAUAUCUAUAAACAGCAAAGCUCAGGAACUCAGAUAUCGAGUGAUGUCAUCACCAAGGCAACGGCUUAUGACAGACUGAUGGAUGAAAAUGUGGAAUUCAAAAUGCAACUCAGGACAAUAGAGACAGAGAAAGAUAAAUACAGACUGGAGAUGGAGAGGUUGAAGAAGGAGUUAACCAACUUUGGACCAGAUUUCUUUGAGGAGAUAGAAGACCUGAAAUACAAUUAUAAGCAGGCACUGGAAAAGAACAUUUUGUAUGAAGAAAAAUUACAGCAAAUGGGUGCCAGAUAAUGUACAAAAAUGUCUGAUAAUGUAUGAAAAUUAUCCAAAAAUCUCAGAUUGAAUGUAUAAAAAAAGGUGAAAUCUCCAAAAAAUGUAUACAAAAAACCUGUUACAUGCAUUUGAAAAUCUCCAACAUUAAUGUACAUGUACAUUGUGUACCAAUUGUCCAACAAAUCUCAGACUACAGGUAUUUCAGACAAUGUAAAACAAAUAUUCCUUAAAUGAAUUGUAUACAAAGAUUUUGUUAAUCUUGGGUUUUGUAGAAAAGUGUCUCAGUGUCAGAAUUAUACCGUCCAUAUACCAAUAGUUAUUAAAUGGCAUUCAGAGAAAUGCUAGUACAAUAAUGAUAUUCCUUGAAGUGUUGUGAUAUUCCUGUCUAGUGAUUAUUGAUGAUAAGGCUUUUCUUACUUGCUAGGAAGGCUUUAAAAAUGUACAUGCUAUUAAAGAUGGUAUUGAUUUUGUAACAAUCUUCAGGUUAAGUGCUAGAAAUAUUGGAAGUGUUGAUACUAUUAUUAUGAUUAGCUUUCCAUUAUAAACGCAGUGUUUAGAUUUUGUGUCUGGGUAAUGGCUGCCCCUCCCUCACCCCUCAGAGUUCAUGGGUAGGGGUGAGGUAGGUCAUGUAUGCUGUAACUUUCAUUUUCAGAAAACAAUAAAGUAACUAGAUUAUAGAAUCACUCUCUUCUAAUUAGCAUGUAAUACUAAUUAUAUUUGUAUGUUAAAUUGAAUCUAGCGCCUUUCAUUUUUGUAUUGGAAGUAGUGGUAUUAUUUAUUUUUACCAGAUAAAUUACUGAAUGAAGAAAGUUGACAAUGAUAAAAAACUGUAACUUUUGUAUCCUUGCUUUUCACCAAGUUUGUGAAGUUAGCCUCUGUCUGUGAUAAAAAGUUGUACUAAAACAUUUAAAUGUUGGUAUAAUUUUCAUACAUUUAAUAAAUUUACAUACAUGAGAGAUAACACCAUGUACUUGAUAUAUUUUUUUUUACUGUCAUGCAUUGUUUACUUGUUUAGUUAUUUAUAUUUUAUAAGCUCUAUGUAGAUCUGAAUUUUGUUUAUCAUUUUCCGUCCUGUCAGCAAUCUAGUUUUAACAUGGAGUCAUCAGAUUCAUUUUUUUCCCCAGGAAAUUUGAUGAAUAAAGAAUAUUUGUCAAACAAA